GAAGCUUUCUGGCGCCGCCCCGGCAGGGGCGCCUCCCGCUGGGCCGGGGGCUCCGAGCCCCAUCCGGCUCGGGCAGAGCAGUGGGGCCGGGGCCGCGGCCUCCGCUCGGGCGGCUGCACUCGGUGACAUCAAAGGUCCUUCCCAGCUUAGCGAGGACAGGCUGAGGGUCGCGGUUGUUCAGCCUGGAGAAGAGAGGGCUCCGGGAUAACCUUAUAGCGACCUUCCAGUACCUGAAGGGGCUCCGGGAGAGCUGAGGAGGGGCUGUUUACAAAGGCACGGAGUGACAGGACGAGGAGCAAUGGCUGUAAACUGGAGGGGGGCAGAGUUAGACUGGGCAUAAGGAGGAGUUUCUUCCCUAUGAGGGUGGGGAGGCCCUGGCCCAGGUUGCCCAGAGCAGUGGUGGCUGCCCCAUCCCUAGAGGGAUUCCAGGCCAGGUUGGAUGGGGCUUGGAGCCCCUGAUCCAGUGGGAGGUGUCCCUGCCCAUGGCAGGGGGUGGGACUGCAUGGACUUUAAGGUCCCUUCCAACCCAAACUAUUCUAUGAUUCUAUGGUGGAAUAAGGCAGUUCCCCAGGGCAGGAUGUGUGGUACCAGCUUACAUGUGCUAAAUGGAGGCAAUGUAGUGCUCGUGAGCAUAGGACAAUGACAGCGAAACCUCUAGAGAUAGCAGACAGGAGCCUGUUGUCCUCCUUUCUCAUUUGAGCUCUGUGGGAGUUUUGCUGCUGGGAACUACUAGGACCUUGUGACUUCAUUUGCAGUUCUUCUUCUCUUAUCCUGUGGCUUUACUAAUUCAGAGAAUGGCUGCUCUGAGUGUGCUGCUUGCAUUUUCCAGGCAGAGUGAAAAAAUAAAGGGAAAUGCUUUCUGUGUUCACUGAGAUGGAUUUGAGUACCAAUCUGACCGCUCUGGGAAGGCGUUUGAGAUGUGAAAGCUUAUGUCUGCGUGGUAACUGUGUCAGCAAGGGUGGAAUUUCAGGAGGGCAGGUUUAAGGUGAAUUUACUCCUGUAGGGGCUGGCUCUGCACACCUCGUUUUCAGCCCUCUGUUUCCAUUGCUUCUCGCACUGGUGCCAGAGUAAGCAGUGCUGCAGUCAGACGAGUCUGUCUGCUGAACCGGCCAGUGUUCAGAGUUGUAUGGGAAGGGAGAGGACGGAGCUGGGCGUGUGUCUGUCCAAAGCUGUGGUGUCUAGUCUGUACCAGGGAGAGGCAGGCCCAUCCAAGGCAGAAGCGGUUACACCGCUUUUGAAAGCGUUCCCCGAGGCUGCGCUUCGCUGGACAGAAUACCGGUUUCUGAGGGGAAGAGCAAAGAAUUAAUGACGAAAACGGAUGGACCAUUACUUCUUCCAAAAUGAGCCUAUUCACACUUUUCUACUGGAGACUAACAUGUCUUGAAGGAAGAGCUGAGCGCCCAAUGGUUUCAUAAGCUCUCCUGCUACCUGUUCAGGUACUGGUCAGAAAGCCUAAAUGGAUGGAUCCUCCUCUGUAGAGAAUAAUGUGGGGCUGGAUUGUCCUAAACAUCACUUAUGAUGCAGCUUCAGAGAACAGCUUGAUUUAUCUGACCUGAAGAGGAGGCACAUGUGCAAUAAGCCGAGAGGACAUGGGCUGUCAGUGCAUCUGGAAAAAUGAUCAGGUACUGGGUCCAUGUGUCGCAUCUGAAUUGUCUUGUACGAAUUCCCUAAGUUCCAACUCAGACCACCUUCUUGAUGCACGCUCACUGCAUCAUGGCCAGUACUCAGGAGCGCCUGAGCUUGUCUUCCUCUCCAAACUCUAUUGGCAAAGCUUUCUGUGAAGAUAAAGACUUUAGUGUGUUACACAAUGAACACGUGCCUGCUGGAAACCACCCGUCCCCCGAGCUCAUCGAGGACGUGCGCGAGAAAGGCUUGCUGCAGGGGGACCUCAUCGAGAACAUGAGCAGCCCAGUCACUGCAGCCGUGCUGACCAGCAUCAGUGAGGACUCUAGGGACCAAUUUGAGAACAGCGUGCUGCAGCUGCGAGAGCAGGAUGAGUUGGAAACAGCCAUUCCUCAGGGCAACAGGAACACUACGGAUGGGGAGAGCAACAGUGGGGCGGAUGAUGUCAAAGUCCAGUUCAACAGAUCAGGCAGCGGGAGUGGUGGGUUUCUUGAGGGACUUUUUGGUUGCCUGAGGCCCGUGUGGAACAUCAUAGGCAAGGCGUACUCCACAGACUACAAACUGCAGCAGCAAGAUACCUGGGAGGUGCCGUUCGAGGAGAUCUCGGAGCUGCAGUGGCUGGGCAGCGGUGCGCAGGGAGCUGUCUUCCUGGGCAAAUUCCGGGCGGAAGAGGUGGCCAUCAAGAAAGUGAGAGAUCAGAAUGAAACGGAUAUCAAGCAUUUGCGGAAACUCAAGCAUCCCAACAUCAUUGCAUUCAAAGGAGUUUGCACUCAAGCCCCGUGUUACUGUAUUAUUAUGGAGUACUGUGCACACGGGCAGCUCUACGAAGUGCUGCGAGCAGGGAGGAAAGUCACCCCUCGGCUGCUCGUGGACUGGUCCACAGGGAUCGCAAGUGGGAUGAAUUAUCUGCACCUUCACAAAAUCAUCCAUCGAGACCUCAAGUCACCCAACGUUUUAGUUACACACACAGAUGCAGUAAAAAUUUCAGAUUUUGGUACCUCUAAAGAACUCAGUGAUAAAAGUACCAAAAUGUCUUUUGCGGGAACUGUGGCCUGGAUGGCACCAGAGGUGAUCCGCAAUGAACCCGUCUCUGAAAAGGUGGAUAUCUGGUCGUUUGGGGUGGUUUUGUGGGAGCUGCUGACAGGAGAGAUUCCCUACAAGGACGUGGACUCUUCAGCCAUCAUCUGGGGAGUGGGCAGCAACAGCUUGCACCUUCCUGUUCCUUCCACCUGCCCUGAUGGCUUCAAAAUCCUCAUGAAGCAGACCUGGCAGAGCAAGCCCCGGAAUCGUCCCUCCUUCCGGCAGACUCUGAUGCACCUGGAUAUUGCAUCUGCUGAUGUGCUGGCUACUCCUCAGGAAACCUAUUUCAAGUCACAGGCUGAAUGGCGAGAAGAAGUGAAGAAACAUUUUGAGAAGAUUAAAAGCGAAGGCACUUGUAUCCACCGGCUAGAUGAGGAAUUGAUUCGCCGUCGAAGAGAAGAGCUGAGACAUGCGUUGGAUAUCCGUGAACACUAUGAAAGGAAGCUGGAGCGAGCCAAUAACCUAUAUAUGGAGCUCAGCGCUAUAAUGCUGCAGCUGGAGGUCCGUGAGAAGGAGCUCAUAAAGAGGGAACAAGCAGUGGAAAAGAAAUACCCUGGGACGUACAAACGCCACCCAGUCAGACCAAUAAUCCACCCCAAUACAGUGGAGAAGCUGAUGAAGAGGAAAGGGGUCUCCCAUAAACCAGGCAGCCAGACCAAACGGCCGGAUCUGCUGAAGUCGGAGGGCAUACCCAGCACAGAAGCAGCAUCCAAUGGCUCACCAGUCUCAGGGAGUCCCAAAAUGUCCACACCGAGUGGCAAAAGCCGCUAUCGCAGUAAGCCACGCCACCGCCGAGGGAACAGCAAAGGCAGCUACAAUGAUUUUGCAGGGAUCUUGAAAAACCAGCCAGUGCAAGAUGAUGCACCCCCAUCUCCACCCCAUAAUCAUUCUCCUCAUCCCAGCCUACCCCAGCCUGGCCACAGCCAUCCCCAUGGCCAUCACUCAAGGCUUCAUGCCCAUGGACAAGAUAUUGCAAACUGCGCGAACAACCUAAGGUACUUUGGCCCUGCAGCUGCGCUGCGGAGCCCUCUCAGUAACCACGCUCAAAGGCAGAUGUCUGGUUCCAGUCCCGAUCUCAUCUCUGCUGCUAUGGAAGUGGAUUGCCGAAGGAAUCUGGAGAGCAAAGAGAGCAAAGCUGAUCACUGGGAGUGUUGCAAAACAGUUCCAUAUGAUUCCUGCCUUCAGUGCAGGGGAGAGGACAGCAGUCAGGUACAGAUUUCAUCUGCAGAAACAGGGAUGAGCCGUUCCCAGUCACCAACAUCUAUUUCCCUGUAUGAAAACGUGCAGUUUAUUUCGAAAUUGGAGGAGGAGGGCUUCAGCAGCUCGAAGUCAGCAUCCGCCCUGGGCACUCCGCAGCACAUGGCUUCCUCGGUCCUGCCAUGCAAAGCAAGGCCCCUUCAAAAGAGCGGUGAUGACUCUUCAGAAGAGGAGGAGGGCGAAGUAGACAGUGAAGUGGAGUUUCCGCGUAGACAAAGACCUCACCGCUGCAUUAGUAGCUGCCAGUCCUACUCAACCUUCAGCUCGGAGAACUUCUCUGUCUCAGAUGGAGAGGAGGGGAACACAAGCGAUCAUUCAAACAGCCCGGAUGAGCUGGCCACCAAGCUGGAAGAUGAGCUGGCUGAGAAGCUAGAGGACAUGCUGUCCCAGACUCCAGAGAUCCCCAUUGAAAUCUCUACCCAGUCCGAUGGGCUUUCAGACAAAGAGUGUGCCGUGCGGAGAGUCAAGACUCAGAUGUCUCUGGGCAAGCUUUGUGCAGAUGAACACGGCUGUGAGAACCCAGCACAGUUUGGAGAAUCAGACUGUGACUCUUCUGAAGGGGAGUGUUCUGAUGCCACAGUCAGGACCAAUAAGCCCUGCAGCUCUGCUACUUGGAAGAGAAGAUGCUUCUCCUUCCCACCCCAGGAGUGAUUUGCAAUAACCCGAAUCUCUGGAAAAUGUCCAAAUGAAAUUAAUUCUCUUUAAGCAUUUCAAUCAAGAAUGGCAGGGAUGUAUUUUAUUGAAUAAUCUAGU